AUGAGAAAAUCAUAUGUACGUUUAAAAUUUUUGUAUAUAAUUAUUGCAAUGAGUUUUAUAUUAAAUACAAUUUCUAUUACAUAUUUUUUUCCACCAUUAUCAUCGGAUUUAAAACACUCUACAGUCAAUUCGAGAACAUGGAAUGAUAAUAUUCUCAGUACUAUCGAACGAUCUACAAAAGCACUUGAAAAACUUAAAAGAUUAUUAUCUAAUGUUAUGUCUCCAAAUGAUCAACCAUGGAUUUGGAUAUCUACAGGAGAAUAUCCAUCUGUACCUUAUCAACCAACUAAACUCUUAAAUGAACAUAUUCCAAAAACAUUAUAUAAUGUUACAAAAUUACCUAAAUCUGUUAUCAAUGAAGUUAAUCGCGUUUGUAAACGUUUAAAACAAUGUGAUAAAGCCGGUGGAGAAAUUUGGUGUAAAUUAUUUCAAAAAACUUAUGUAAAUACACUUGAAACAACGACAACACUACUUGAUGAUAAUUCAACAUAUAUAAUAACUGGUGAUAUUGAUCUUAUGUGGUUACGUGAUAGUAGUGCACAAGUUCAUCAAUAUUUACCAUUAUGGAAUGAUUCAGAUAUUCAACGUAUUAUUGAAGGUCUUAUUCGUCGACAAAUUCAAUUUAUUUAUUCUAAUCCAUAUGGAAGUGCAUUUCGUUUAAAGCUUCGUCCAAAUCCUCCAUCCGAUGAUUCUCUUCUACCAAUACAUACUCGUAAAGGUCGAAAUGUACAUGUUGCUAUGCAUAAUUAUGAAUUAGAUAGUUUAUGUUAUCAUAUACGUUUAAGUUAUUCAUGGUGGAAACAAAGUCAACGAACAAAUGUAUUUGAUGAUCAAUGGUUAGUUGCAAUUUCAAUGAUAAUUCAAGUUAUGAUUAUUGAACAACAUCAUACACAAAUUUCACCUUAUCGUUAUACAGAAUUACAAAAUAAUUAUCAAGGUAUUCCAGUUGCUUAUACAGGAAUGACUUGGAGUGGAUUUCGACCAAGUGAUGAUCCAACAACUUAUGGUUAUCUUAUACCAAGUAAUAUGAUGGCAUCUGUUGUUUUAGAACAAUUAACUGAAAUGAUUAUAAAUCUAUUUCCUGAACAAAUUCAACUUUUACAACAAAUUGCACAAUUACAAGCAGAUAUUCUUUCUGGUUUAAAUACUUAUGGUGUAACAGAUCAUCCAAAAUAUGGAAAAAUUUAUGCAUAUGAAACUGAUGGUUUUUCUAAAUAUCUUCUUGUUGAUGAUGCCAAUGUACCAUCACUUCUUUCAGCAUCUUAUUUUGAUUUUAAAACACCUUAUGAUCCAUCAAAUGAACUAAUUCAAUCAACACGUCAAUUUAUUUUAUCAAAAAAUAAUACAUUGUUUUUUGAAGGAAAAUAUGCAUCAGGUAUUGGAAGUCAACAUACACAAGCAAGAUAUGUUUGGCCAAUGGCUAUUAUUAUGGAAGGAUUAACAAUGAUUAUUGACAAUAAAACAAAAAUAGAUCUAGAUUAUGUAUGGGAAAGAUUAGAAGUAAGUCAUGCCGAUACAUUUGCUAUGCAUGAAAGUUUUAAUGUCGAAAAUCCAAAACAAUUUUCUCGUCCCUGGUUUGCCUGGGUUAAUUCGCUUUUUUCUGAAUUGAUCUUAACUCAUUUGGAUCAUUUAGAAGAAUGGUUACGUUAUCGACGACCAGCUAAUUUAGAUCAACGAUUGUCUAAUAUAAAUCAACGACCGCCUAAUAUACAUCCACGAUUGCCUACUACAAGUCGACGACCGUCCAAUAUAGAUUCACAAUUGUCUAAUAUAAGUCGACUACCGCGUAAUUUAGACCCACAAUUAUCUAAUACAAGUCAACGACCGCCUAAUAUAGAUCCACGAUUGCCUAAUAAAGAUCGACGGCCGUCUCAUGUAGACCCACGAUUAUCUAAUAUAGAUCCACAAUUGUCUAAUACAAGUCAACGACCGCCUAAUAUAGACCCACAAUUGUCUAAUACAAGUGGACCACCAUCUAAUAUAGACCCACAAUUGUCUAAUACAAGUCGACGACCAUCUAAUAUAGACUCAUUAUUGUCUAAUACAAGUCAACGACUGUCUAAUAUAGAUCCACAGUUGUCUAAUACAAGUCGACAACCGUCAAAUAUAGAUCCACAAUUGUCCAAUACAAGUCGACGAUCGUCUAAUAAAGAUCCACGAUUGCCUAAUAAACAUCCACGAUUAACUAAUAAAGAUCGACACCCGUCUAAUACAGAUUGA